AUGGCUUUUUGGAUAGCAGCGUCCCUCUGCCUGUAUUUCCUGCUGGGAGUAAAUUGCUGGCAUGACCUGGACAACACAGAGUACGACUGUUGGCCGAUCAACAAUCCAAAUGAUUACAACAUGAUUAGCUGUGGAGGUCUGGAAAUGUCCUGGGUGCAGCGUCCACCAGAGAAAGUAACUAACGGUGAGGAGUUCAAUGUCUCGUACACGGUGACGGCCUCAGAUUCCUUCUACGAGUACGCCAUCAGGAACAAGAUCUUCCAGUUUAGUGAUGCGUCAGAGGCAAAGAGGUUCUGUCAUGAACACGAGUGCCCGGCAAACUGGAACAACGCCAAUGAAAUGAACUGCUGUGUGUAUCAUGCCAACAUCCACUCCUGUCCUCUCGGUCUCAUGAAACAAGGUGGAAUCUGCGGCCCGUGGAUUCCUGAUGAUGGUAAAAUAGUGACUCACACUGUAUCCAAAGCAGGCAAGAUGUCCCAGAAAUACUGGACUUCAAAGGUGGUGCUGAUCCAUGUGGGAGUCACCUCAGUCAUUGCUCACAUCAAAAUCGGACAGAUGCACGCAGCACUGGAGUCCAAAGUGCUUGUUGUCAGUGCCCAAGUGUGUGGGGACGACGUCUGCGAGCUGGAGGAAAACUGUCUGAACUGUCCUGCAGACUGCGGCAUCUGCCCAAUGUCCAUCGCUAUCAAAGUAGCCAUUGGCCUUCCAGUCACCCUCUUCAGCAGCGGCUUCAUCCUAACCAUGGUGUGGCUUCAGUACCAGAAACAGAAGAUGUUUUGGGAUGAAAGCUGGAUCAUCAACUACAAGAACAUCAUAUUUGGUAGAAUGUGCUGGAUGGGCAUUGGCAGCAUCACGAGCCUGCAGCGCGGAAAGAGUAACUCCACCAUCAGUCAAACUACUGAUUUGACUGUGUGCACUGGAGUCAACAACUCUUUCAAACAAGGCUUCAUCCAGCCAGCCAUAUAUGAUGGAAGGACUGUAGCGGUGAAACACAUCCAGAAGAAACAUUUCGCUCUGUCUAAAACCAUCAGGAAGGAGGUGAAAGAAGUCAGGCAACUGGACCACCCCAAUCUAUGCAAGUUCAUUGGUGGUUCCAUUGAGGUGCCUUAUGUGAGCAUCAUCACAGAGCACUGCCCCAAAGGGAGCCUGUCUGAUGUCCUGCUGAAUGAUGACAUCCCCAUCAACUGGGGCUUCAGGCUGUCCUUUGCCACUGACAUCGCCCGUGGGAUGUGUUACCUCCACCAGCACAAGAUGUUUCAUGGGAGACUUCACUCCAGAAACUGUGUUAUUGAUGACCGCUGGGUGUGCAAAAUCUCAGAUUAUGGGCUCACAGCCUACAGAAAGGAGGACUUUGAGGCCGUCAGUAAUGGCUUCAACUGUGGGGAUGUAAACCGCGUGUACUGUGCUCCAGAGGUGCUGCUGGGAAGCAGCUCCAAUAUGACACCAGCAGCGGACGUCUACAGCUACUCCAUGAUUCUGGUCGAGAUUGCAACUCGCUCUGACCUCAUUUCAGACCAGACUGAGGGAGUGAGGAUGGAUAUCAUGUGGCGCCCCCCUCUGCCUGAACUCAAAGCAGGGAAGGCAGAUACUGACUGUCCCAGUCAGGGAGACUACAGUGAGCUCAUUAAGAAAUGCUGGUCUCACAACUUCACCAUGAGGCCUACAUUUGAGCAAGUGAAGAAGAUGCUUGACAAGAUGAACCCACACAAAGUCAGCCCAGUGGACAUGAUGAUGAACCUGAUGGAGAAGUACAGCAAACAUCUGGAGGCCAUAGUUGCUGAGAGAACACAGGACCUUCUUCAAGAGAAACAGAAGACAGAUCGACUGCUAUACAGUAUGUUACCAAAGCCGGUGGCCGAUGACCUCCGUCAAGGUCGAACAGCAGAGGCUCAGAGCUUCUCCAAUGCCACCGUCUACUUCAGUGACAUUGUUGGAUUUACUCAGCUGUCUGGUGCCAGCACACCCCACCAGGUAGUAGACUUCCUCAACCAGCUCUACACCACCUUCGACGACAUUAUUGACAAUUAUGAUGUCUACAAAGUGGAGACAAUAGGCGAUGCUUACAUGGUGGUCUCUGGGGUCCCUAAAGAAAAUGGCAUCAAUCAUGCUGGAGAGAUAGCCAGCAUGGCCCUGGAUCUGGUCAGUGUCUGUCACAAUUUCAAGAUCCCCCACAAGCCCAACACACAGCUGAAGAUCCGCGCCGGCAUCCACUCAGGACCUGUUGUGGCUGGUGUGGUUGGCACCAAAAUGCCACGCUACUGCCUUUUCGGAGACACUGUCAACACAGCAUCACGGAUGGAAUCAACUAGUGAAGCUCUGAAGAUCCAGGUGAGUGGUGCCACAGCUGACCUGCUUCACACACUCAGAGGUUACGUUCUGACCUGCAGAGGAACACUUAAUGUGAAAGGCAAGGGGGAGAUGACAACAUGGUGGCUUGAAGCAAAGAGAGACGAUCACACAGACCCGCUGCUCAGAACAUGUGAAUCCAGAGGAGUCCCAGUACCAGUUAGUGACUAAAUCUAGAGUCUAAAUUGUGAAAAUAAAUGUAUGAACUGGUUAGGCUUGGUGUUAUGAAAUUGAACUGGGUCCAGUGAAUUAAGUUAGACUUAA